GUCGAAACGUUACUAUCGUGCAGUUAAGAACGCUAUUUUUACCUGACAGUUUUAGUACGUUUUAAUUUUGAAAAAACAGUAUUAACCCUUAAUACUGUAAAACUAGAAUAACACAAAAAAUGGAUGAGUCACUACAGCCCACUUGUUCGUCCUCGAAAGAGCCAUUAUGGCUUGACAAGGAGUACGUGGAGAAAAUCAUACAGCAUUAUUGUAACGAUCAAAAGGUUGUCAUUAGGAAUUUUAUCAAAAAUCCUGCCACCAGUAAAGGCGAAAACUAUUUUAGUGCCUUGUAUUUGCUAGGAGUUGAUUAUAGCACGGAAACGGAUGAGGAAACGGUGAAAAAUGUUUCAUUUAUAUUGAAAACGCGUUUAGAAAAUGAUUUAAUGUCUCAAUUGGAAGAGGACUUUGAUGUUUUUGCUCGAGAGGCUCAGUACUAUACGGUUAUAGGCGAGGAAACUCAAAAGCUAUUGGAUCAGAUCAAGGAUACUACAAUAUUUGCUCCCAAAGCUAUUUAUGUGGAUGAUCGUAUAAUUGUUAUGGAGAACUUAAAAUUGAAGGGAUUCAGUAUAAACGAUGUCAAGCUGGGUUUCAAUUUGAAUCAGUGCCAUUUAGUUUUACAAAAAUUGGCCAAAUUUCAUGCUGUCAGUAUGGUUUUGUAUAAAAAGAAUCCCGAUAUGUUUCGUUAUCAUUUGCCCGGCAAUAUCUCCGAACAUCCCUCACCCAUACAUGAAAUGUAUACGAAAGCAAUAAAAUCGACCAUAGAAUAUUGCAAUAGCCAAGAAGAAUUGCAGAAAUAUGUUCCAAAAUUGGAAAGUUUUAGCACCACCAUUAUAGCAAAAAUGAUCAAUGUUUAUAGUCGUUCGUUAUCAGAUCGUUUUCAUGUGCUCAAUCAUGGUGAUAUGUGGGUGAACAAUUUGAUGUUCCAAGAGCCAAACGACGAGGAAGUUAUAUUUAUUGAUUUUCAAGAGGGUUUUUAUGGCUCGCCUGGCAUUGAUUGGAAUUAUUUAAUGUUUACCUCGUGGCAGGCAGAUGUUUUUCAAACACAUUUGGAUGAUUUAAUCAUGGUGUAUCAUGAAUCACUCUCAGAUAUUUUGCAUAAACUAAAUUAUCAACAACGUAUUCCUACAAUAGAUGAUGUUAAAAAGGAAAUUAUCAACAAAGGUUUCCAUGGCUUAGCUACUGCAACCUGCUUGCUACCCAUUUUAAUAAACGAACAUCCCGAAUUGGCUGAUCCCGAAAAUUUCGUUUUAGAAACUGAAGAGGCUUUAAAAAAUAGACGCAUUAUUUUUCAUAAUCCGAAAUUUGGCGAAAGACUAAAAGUAUUUUUGAAAUAUUUUGAAGAUAUUAAAAUUUUGUGAAAUUUUAAUUUAUGAAUUUGUGGAAUUUUUUCUUUUAUUAAAAACAGUAUUAACAUGACUAUUAUAAACUAUUUUUUUUUUUUGAAAAUGCUGUUAGCACUAAGAAAAUGUUAUUAUUUUUUAUAAAUAAAUUAUUAUUUUAUA